AUGGAAGAAGACUUUCACGCCUUGAUAACUCCAGAUCAAAUAAGACAGUUUGAAACAAACAACGCCGCAAGAGAUGCUUUAUGUCUGUUAGGUCAACUGUGAGGUGCACAAAACAUCCAGAUAACACAAGCUCGGAACACGUCAAUUCGACAUUUCUUACUAAUUGAGAUAUCUAACCCUAAGAAGAUUCUAGACAAAGUUCGAGGGAUGUGGCGUUUUCCUUCCUCCACACAAUCAGAGCCUGUGAACCUCCCUGACGAACAAGAGACGCUUGAACAAAGAGUGGAGAGAUCUCUUGACGUCGAUAAAAACCGACCUUGCGAAAUACAGACCAAAACAACAGAGGCAAGUGAUGUUCGUUACCUAUUUUCAUCUUUGGAGCUUGAUAGGCUGAGAGCUAUGUUAAAAGAAAUGAUCACGACAUCUGUACCAAUCUCAAAGCCUAGGGUCAAGGAAAUUCUUCAAAAGGAAGAUGGGGCAAAGUACCUCUUACAAAAAUCCUCGUUAGAAACAAUAAUUAAUCGUGUGAAAUACGAAAGGCGCCUUGAAAGAGCAUUUAAGACAGAGUUGUUUUGA